AUGGGCAGACCUAAGAUUACACACAAUGAAUCUAAAAAAAUUAUCGCAGGGACGUAUGCCAGCGAACUACGACGAGCUAAGGAUUGCACGGCCGAUGGGGAAACAAUAACAACAAAACAAAGAUCAACAAUUCUAAUGCGCAACAUGUUCCCAAAAAAAAGGCCCACCUAUAGAGUUCUUGAUUGGUCUUUCUAUCCCACGUUAUGUGAAAUCUAUGCUUGGAUGGAUUCCAUUACCAAAGAAUGUCCCAAAGUGGUUACGGGUUUCGACAUUGGACGUUCCUAUGAAGGCCGUUUAAUAAGAGGCUUGAAACUUUCUUUUCGACCGGGCAAAAAGGCGAUUUUCAUAGAAUCAAAUAUUCAUGCCCGAGAAUGGAUCACAUCAGCUACUUGCACGUAUUUAAUAAGGGAAUUAUUGUUUUCCAGAGAUCCCGAUGUGCGCGAGUUGGCCGAGAGUCUUGAUUGGUGGAUAAUACCAGUGUUUAAUGUUGAUGGUUUUGCCUUUUCGCAUGAAGAGUAUCGUUUAUGGCGCAAAUCGAGGAGACCUUCUGGUGAGGAUUGCAUUGGUAUCGAUUUAAAUCGUAAUUUUAGUUAUAAAUGGGAACUGAGAAAAUGUGGAGACCCUUCCUCGAAUAUGUACAGUGGCCCCCACGCUGAAUCUGAACCGGAAGUUAAACAACUCACAAAUUUCAUAAAUAAUAACAUACCGGACGGAUCCAUUAAGGUUUAUAUAGCGCUGCAUGCGGCAGCACAAGCAGUAUUAAUACCCUGGGCCUUCACGAAAAUGCGCCCCAAACACUAUAAUGAACUUUUGCAGGUGGCGGACGCGUUUGCUGACGCAUCAUUUCGCCGGUAUCACACCAGAUAUAUUUGCGCAACCAUGGCUAAUGUUUUAAAAUUAGUUUCCGGCACAAGCACUGACUGGGCUCACGGAGUUAAAGGUAUCCCGAUAGCCUUAUGCCUUGAAUUACCCGGAAAAGGUACACCCAGGCGUUUCGAGUUACCCGAAGAAAUGAUUUUGCGAGUAGGCGCAGAGCUUGUAGAUGGAUUCAUAGGAAUGAUUAAGGCUGUAAAAGAACUUGGUCAUAUAUAA